UCUCCUUAGUUCGAUUUUAAUCGUUAACACGUGUCGAUAUCGAGCCUCAUAGUAUCGCACUAUUUACAGUUGACAAAUUCAUAACCAGAAAGGACUAAAAAUUUAUUAAAAAAUUUUACAGUAAUAAUAAAGUCGAUCGUGUAAACCAACGCAACGCAAAAUGUAUACUCGAUACUCGCUUCUUGCAAUAGUUAUUUGCUGCUUUUGGCGAAUUAGUUAUGCGAACUUUCCCGAUGAUCCGAAGCCAUGUAGAUUUGGAGAUGAGGAUUGUUUAUUAAAAGCUAUCAACUUUUAUUUACGUGAUAAAAAUCAAGGAGACGCUGCGAUAAAUCUAUUAAAAAUUGAUCCAAUCGAUGCUGGCACAUUUACACUCAAACAGGGGGCUGAUAAUCCUGUGAACAUUGAUUUAACAUUUAGCAACAACAAAAUUUACGGCGUUGGUAGUGCCACUGCAUACAAAGUUAGGGGUUUCGGCAAAGAUUUAGCCAAAAAGCACGAGUUACGUUUUAAAGUACCCAAAGCUGAGUUGAUCGGUGACUAUAAAAUUCAAGGACGUGUUUUAAUACUACCCAUUAGUGGUUCGGGAAAAAAUAACAUCACAAUGGUGGAUUCUGAGAUAAUACUUCAAUGGGUGGGUGUGCCGGUGGAGAAGGAUGGUGAAACUUAUAUGAAAACCGACAAGUUCAGAGCAAUCGUUAAGCCCAAAAAAGUGAUUUACGAAUUUCAAAAUCUUUUCAAUGGCGACAAAGUAUUAGGGGAUAAUAUGAAUUUAUUUUUAAAUGAAAACUGGAAGGAAAUCUUCAAUGAAGUUGAAGCCACAUUUUCCAUAGAAUUAUCUAAGCUGAUGGGAAAUAUUGUCAGUCAAGUUUUUUCAAAAACGCCAUACAAUAAAUUAUUUGUAGAUGGACGAUAUCCUACGGUUGAAGUGGGACGGGUGUUACUGUGUCAUACAACCGUAGUAUUCGGAUUUGAUAUUUUUAUGAAAAUGUUUAAGUUAUAUAAAAUAUUUUUGGCGCUAAUGCCAUUUUUAGUACUUCAAGUGAUCGCUAGUUUUCCUGAUAAUCCCAAGCCAUGCAAAUUUGGUGAUAAAACUUGUAUAAUGAAUACCAUUGAAUACCUAAUGCAUGAAAAAUCACAAGGCUUUGCUUCGCUGAAUUUGGUCAAAACGGAACCGUUGAGAGUAGCUAAAAUUGUGAUGACACAAGGGGCUGAAAGUCCAGUUAACAUUGAUUUGACCUUCACUAAUAAUGACGUAACGGGAUUCAGCGAAAUUAAGAUGAAUAACGUAAAGGGCUUUGGCAAAGAGUUGACGACAAAACACGACCUUUACGUUACUGCACCUGUUCUCAGUUUGAUCGGUGAUUACUCAAUCAAAGGACGUGUGCUAGUGCUGCCGAUUACUGGCACCGGCACUAGCAAUAUUACAAUAGUUAAUGUUAAAAUUCACAUUCAGUUUACUGGCGCUCCAGUGCAAAAAUCGGACAACAUCUACAUGAAUGUGAAAGAUGUGCGCUUGCGAGUGGAUCCUUCAAGAAUGAUUUUUAAUUUUAGCAACCUCUUUAAUGGCGACAAGGUGUUGGGUGAUACAAUGAAUAACUUCUUGAACGAGAACUGGAAGGAUAUUUACGAAGAAGUGCGUGCCACAUUUGCGAAUGCCUUUGCCCAGAUCUUCUCCGCCCUCAUACAUAAGGUGUUCAGCAAAUAUCCUUAUGAAAAAUACUUUUUGGAAUGACUUUUUUCGUUCAGGAGCGAAUUGCAGUUAGUUUGAAUUAAUACAGUUUAUAAGAAAAGUACCACUUUUAAAUAUCUCAACUGAUGUAUGUGUAAAUUUCUUAAUAAAAACUUGUAUACCCUAUGAUAUAUAUAGAUAUGUAUAUAUGUACACAUAUAUUAUACAUAGUAUGUCAAUGUGGCGUUAGAUUUUUGGAAGAUGUACUGUGUACGUUUUUAAAAAAUGUAUAAGUAUAAAUUGUUGGGAUGUUGAUUUUCAAAAUUGGUUAACUUCACAAUU